GUCAACGUCAAAUGCCUGAAGAACUCAGCCGUCACUCUACCUGCAGCUCUCACUUGCCCGAAUUUGUACGUGUUUCCAUCAUCCUUUCCCAUCCGCAUCCCAUUGAGCGCACAAGAUCGCCAUGGCUGCGAAUGCCGCCACUCUUCUUCUCGCCCUGCUUAUCCUCGCCAGCAUUUGGUCCGCUGCUCCCACCGCAGAGGACCAAGGGAGCGCUGCGCGUGCCGGCGAGGAUGGCGCUCCCCAGCUGCCGGGCAUCGCAGACGGCGACGAUGGCGACAUUGUGGAUUUGAGUGACGCCGCGUUUGACGACGCCCUUCUGCAGCGCGAGUACGUUCUCGCGCUGCUGUACAACAGCUCGUGCGAGCGGUCCAAGAGAUACAUGGUCCAGCUGCGCAGGGCGGCGGCGGGCCUGAAGGCGGCGGGCGAGGCGGUGCUGGUGGGCAAGGUGGACGCGGGGAGGCACGCGCUCGUGCGGCGGCGGGCGGAGGCGGAGGGGACUGCGGGCGACGGCGAGGUGCCGCUGUACCUGUGGGCGGAGAGAGGGCGAUUGCAGGCGUGCGACGAGUUCAGCAGCGACGACAUAGUGGCGUGGGUGACUCGCAAGGCGGGCAGCAGCGUCACCACCAUCCACAUGGACCCCUCCUCGCCCUCGCGCCUCCCCACGCUCUCCUCGCUGCUCAAAGACUCGUCUGCCACUGCCCUUGCACUCGCCCUCGUGCACGACAUGCAGGGCCCAGCGGCAGCCGCCUUCAAAGAUGCGUCCAAGGACGUGGACGGGGUGCGCUUCGCCCUCACCAUGCACGCUGCUGUGGCGGCCGCCCUGGGGUGGCAGGGCGACGCCGCUGCUGCGCUGGCGCGCACAGGCCGGGAGGAGGCGGUGGUGGCGGUGCUCAAGCGCCAGCAGGACGCCUUCGUGCCGCACGAGGGUCCUUUCACGCGCGAGGCCGUGGCGGCGUUUGUGCGCAAAAACAGGCUGCCGCUGUUUGUCCACUUCGAUGACGAUGCCGUGGAGCAGUUUGGCAAACACACCAAGUGGCAUAUCGUCAUCUUCUGCCCGCGUGCCGCCUUCUCUCACUUUGAGCAGUCACUGGCACCGCUGGCCCGACAGCACAAGGGCAAGGUGCACUUUGCGCUGGUAGACUCCAGCGACGAGGACGCAUCGGGGAUCCCCAUGGACUACUUUGGUGUACGCGUGGACGAGACAGCUGUCAUUGCUGUGUUCACGGACACCACGCAGGGCGAACCCCAGGAGUCCAAGCACCGCCUCACAGAGGACCCCACCCCCGCCAACAUGCAGGCGUUCAUCACGGCUUUUCUGGCGGGCGAGCUGCCCCCCUACUACAAGUCCGACCCCGUCCCUGCCAAGAACGAUGGAGUGGUGCGCACCGUGGUGGGCAGGACGUUUGACGACAUAGUCAUGGACGAGGCCAGGGACGUCAUGCUCAUGUUGAGCUACGGGGACGAGUGUCCGUCGUGUGAGGCCCUGCUGCCAUGCUUCACACGUCUGGCGCUGCGCCUGAGCGCCGUGCCGCCGCUGCUCUUCGCCCACAUGGACUUCGCCUCCAACGAGGUGCCCGGCCUCGAGCUGGAGGCAUUCCCAACGGUGCUGCUGUACCGCGCACACAACAAGUCGCACCCGGUGGCGGUGCAGGAUCGGCUGGUGCGCUGGCGGCACAUGGUGCGCACGCUGCGAGAGCACGGCGGCACGGCAUUGCCCGAGGGGCUGGAGGAAGAGGUGCAGGAGGAGGGGGCGGAGUACGAGGCUGCACGCAGGGAGGAGGCAGCGCAGGCAGCAGCGGAGGUGAAGGACGAGCUUUGACGUCCCUUGCGCAGAACAGGCUGGCUCUGACGUCCCUUGCACAGAACAGGCUGGCUCUGACGUCCCUUGCACAGAAUAGGCUGGCUCUGACGUCCCUUGCACUGAAUAGGCUGGCUGGAUGCCGCUUUGGCAGUGACUA